UGCGCAGUGGCGGCGGCGGGGGCCAUGGCGGCGGCGGCGCCGCUGCUGCCCCCGGUGGCACGGGCGCCCCCUGGCGGUGUGACGGGGCGGGCGGCGGCGGGUCCGGGGGCGGGUCCGGGUCCCGGGGGGGCCCGGGCCGAGGGCGCCGAGGGGCUGUUCGUGGUGCUGGGAGCGGGACUCGCCGCCGCCAGCCACCCGCUGCUCUACGUCAAGCUGCUCGUCCAGGUUGGGCAUGAGCCACUACCUCCAACCGUUGGAAGAAACGUGCUGGGAAGGAAAGUCCUGUACCUGCCUGGCUUCUUCACCUACGCCAGACACAUUGUGGAAGUGGAUGGGAAAAGGGGCCUCUUCCGCGGCCUUACUCCUCGCCUCAUCUCAAGCACUUUAUCAACCAUCACCAGGGGGAGCGUGAAGAAGGCCUUUCCACUGGAGGACAUGGAGCAUGUUUCUAACAAGGAUGAUGUGAAAACCUCCCUUAGGAAAGUGGUGGAAGAGACAUCUCAUGAGAUGAUGAUGCAGUGUGUGUCCCGGGUUGUCUCACAUCCGCUGCACGUGAUCUCUAUGCGCUGCAUGGUCCAGUUCGUAGGCCGGGAAGUCAAAUACAGCGGUGUCUUCAGCGCCAUCGGCAGGAUAUUUAAGGAAGAAGGGAUCCUGGGAUUCUUUAUCGGUUUAGUCCCUCACAUCCUGGGGGAUGUCAUCUUCCUCUGGUGCUGCAACCUCUUGGCUCACUUCAUCAACACCUACGCCGUGGAUGAUAAUUUCAGCCAGGCAUCGGUGAUCCGGAGCUACACAAAAUUCGUGAUGGGGAUCGCCGUGAGCAUGCUGACGUACCCAUUCCUUCUCGUGGGAGAUCUCAUGGCAGUGAACAACUGUGGGUUGCGUGCCGGCCUCCCUCCCUACGCUCCUGCAUUUACAUCCUGGAUCCAUUGCUGGAGGUACCUCAGUGCUCAGGGGCAGCUGUUCCGUGGCUCUAGCCUUCUCUUCCGCAGAGCGCCCAUGCCAGCCGCCUCCUUCCCCAUUGACUGAUUCCUCAGCAGGGAGAGGUGAUGAACUCGGACUCCUCAAGAAACCCUAAGUUUGUUUCAAUAUAUAUAUUUUUUCUUUUUGAUCCGAAGUCCGUGCUGUCAGAACAUCUCCUCUCCAGCAAGGCCAGAAACAAGUUGGCUUCUGGAGAUCUGCCUUCAGGCUCCAUCUGGACUAAAGCUCCAUCAUCAUGGCUGUUUUGACCAGGACAUGUAGCAGAGAGCAGAAGGACAUUGUCUUGUCUCUUUGGUCCAGGCUGUAGCUCUGGAGUCACUGGGGAAGUCCAGGAAACUGGAAAAUGCCCAGGUACUAAACUAGCCAGCCCCGAGAUGCAAGGACAAAAGACUGCUUCGUUCUGUCCAAGCUGAGAAGCAGCAAGAGAUCCAAGGUCGCCUUGCUGGGAAGGCUACGGCAGCUGACCAGCCUCCUGCCCCAUCUCUUCUGGAGAGGGGGCAAACAUCUGUGUGGCAGGUAGCUCAUUCUGGGCGAGAACAACCCUGCAACCCAUGUUUAAGGUACCUGAACACUGGGGAGCACGCCACCUCCCACGGGUGUGAAAGGAAAAUUAUAGUAUCAAACCAGAAAAAGGAAACAGUCCCACUACAAAGAACAGCACAGUCCCAGAGAGACGGGGAUGGCUCGGCUCCAGGGCAGUGCUGGGACUCGGACACGGAGAGAGCCCUUGGGGAGGGAUGCAAGCUGCAUGCGGUAAUUGCUUUGGGAAGGCCUUUUGCAGCAGGAUAUAUAGGAUAUAUCCAACAGAGCUGCUGGGUGUAAACUGGACAAGCAGCCUGUACAUGUCUCUCAGGGCAGAUGGGUCCUGGGUUGGACCAGCACGGCUGCACCACGUGAGUGUCUUCCCAGCCGGCAGGACCACGAGCCUCGCUGAGCUCCUGCCAAACCCCAGCAUCGCCGCUUCGCUGACAGAGAUGGAGCCACGCAUCGCGGCGCUGGGCUGCUGCUGGGCACUGUCCUGCUACUGGCUACACACGGAAGGGUUUGCCUUGCAGCAGGGGCACUGGGAUAAAGGAAUAAACCUUGAGCUGGCCAAAAGGCGUGCGAGGUGUCAGGGCUCCUCAUGGGUGGCAGCAGGGCAGGGUUUUAUCCUCAGCUCCCCAAACAAGAAGUUUAUUUUGCACCAGACUGUGCUGUCAUGGCAGCCAGGCAGAUUUUCCUCAUUUUGGUUCCCCCACGAAGCAGUCUUUUGCACAGAGAUGGUGCUGCACUCCCUGGGAAAAGGUUUUGGGGUCCUUGAGCAGGUUCCUGUGUGCUGCUACAGCAGCAGCUGGGGUCACAUCCCAUCCUGGCCCUCUGGGGACCCCAGCCUGCCAUCUCAGAGGGGUUUUCCUCCAUCAGAUGGGUUUGAUCCACACCUCCCCGCCGGGCCUGUGGGACAGCACCAGUACUUGCUGGGACCAGCAGUCCCCACCCAGCUCCCUUCGGUGUUGUGAAGUCAGUCCUGUCUGUCCUCCCUUCCUCCCGUACCAUUUACGUUACGGUACCAGAAGUUAAAUAAUGCAUGGCCCUGGUCCCUAACACCACAGAUUAGUUCAAAGAAGAUUUAACUAUGCUCCAAAAUACAGCUCUAAAACAA